AUGUAUUUCUUUCGGGCCAUAUCUUUGUUAUUCCUGCUUUUGGCAGCGCUCAUUACCGCUCUUCCCAUUUCUGUGCUUGAUCGUCGCAAUGUUCCGCCAAGAAGAGGCGACAGUAUACUCUACCGAGGUACUUCGAGAGAGGAGGGAAACUCCGUUCUAGACGGAGAACCAGUGCGUCCAAAGGGCGCGAGUAACCCCCAAGGUUAUCUGUAUCUAAAAGGGGAUGACUUUGAAAAUGUCAGGGCUCACGUGCUGGGAAGGCUUGGAGAUAAGAACAGCCGGACUCCUUUUAUUUCCACCACGCCAAGCAGAACAAUAGCUGAGGGGUUUUUGUCCAGAAACCCGAAAACUGGGGAAGUGGACGGUGCCCUUCUUAUGAUCGACCGGGCCGCCCUUGCUUGCGAGAAUCAGAUAUUUCCCACUAAUCGGAAUUUCAAGGAGCACGGACAAAUCUAUCCGUUCAAGGAGCAAAAGGAAGUUACUGUCAAGGGUGAAAUCCCUUCGAGCGCCGUUCGAGCUGUUGUGUUUUACCAAAACGGAAAAAAAGCAACUCUGCAUAACCCACAUUAUGAGCCUGAAUAUUGUUAG